UGACUCCUUCGGAAAGGCGAGCUCCAGAUUUGUGGUUUCCUAUCACAGGAAGCCAAUCGAAGGUGGCUAACACUUGUUUUUGCCUGGUUGGGCUGAGGUGCUCUGCCACAUCUCAAGAACCCAACCGGUCAUUCCAGCAUAGAGAGAGAGAGAGAGUGAGUGUGGAGAUGAUAGGAGGAUAAGCUGUUCAGGGACAAGCGAGGAUAGUAGCAAAAGAGGAAAGGGGGGAUUAAUGACGGAUGGUGAUGACAAUUUAUGGCCGAACUUAAAAGCAGCAAGUAAGACGGUGAGUGAUUUCUCCGCACCAAUAAAUUCCCUCCAACGCUGUUGAAUCUCCGUGCAAUCCCUUCUUCCAUGUUGUUCUUGCUGCUAUCUUUUUCCUCAGAAGCGGUGAAGAAGAAACCUGGUCCCUGUGAGCAGAGGAGACAACAUGGAGUCGAGCAACUUGCAGAGGAGAUACAUUGACUUCACAUCAACCCUCUUCCGCGAGGGGUUUCUGGAUAGCCAGUACACACAGCUGCAGCAGCUGCAGGAUGAGAGCAACCCCGACUUUGUUACGGAGGUCGUCACUCUUUUCUUUCAAGAUUCUGAGAAGCUUCAGGAUGAACUAAGCAGGACGCUAGAUCAGGAGGUCGUGGACUUCAAGAAGGUGGCUGCUCAUGUGCACCAGUUAAAAGGCAGCAGUGCCAGCAUAGGUGCUCAGAGAGUCAAGAAUGUCUGCAUGGCCUUCCGCAUCAGCUGCGAGGAGAUGAACCGAGAAGGGUGCCUCAGAUGUCUGCAGCAAGUGCGGCAGGAGUAUUUCCUGGUGAAGAGCAAGCUGGAGACUCUGUUCCUGCUGGAGCAGCAGAUCGUGGCCGCCGGUGGAUCCAUCCCAAUAAUGUGGUAGCAGUCCUUGCGAAGCCAGGUGUUGUUGAUAGGGCGCGGCGCAGGAAGAGUUGGCGAAGCUGUUUGUUCGCUUGCUGUCAAGCCAUGUUUUGUUAUGCUCUGCUUUCGCAGUUCCCUUUUGGCCCACUCGUGAGAGGAUGCCAUCAUGACUCAACAAACAAAAACCUUUGGGUGUUAGAUCUGUACGCAUCAUCUUGUUUCCCAUCUCUGUACUUGUGAUGAUACACGAUACUUGGUUUCUAAC